CACGGAUGGAGAUAAGCAUAGUGAUGAACAGGCAUAAUCUAACACAGGUGUCUCCACUAGACAGCAAUUGGUAACUAUCAGAAUCACCAACUGCUACAAUAUCGACUGUAUAACCAAACGUGUGUUUUCACAGAGACAAUGUCCAUCGUCUUGCUGCAACAAUGUCGCAUGAGUCCUAAAAGGAUUCUGGAAGAAUUAGAACGAUUUAAAGCAGAAACGGGCCAAAUAUGAACCUAAAAAACCCUUAAUGCCAUAAUUAUACACUUACUCAUCAUCAUACUCCGUUUCCGACCCCUUCUCUAGCCUCUUCCUUCCCUCACUCUCCCUCGCUCUCCCUCACCCAUCCCUCCCCAUCCUCCCCAAUUUCCAGCAAUGUCGCGCGACAUCGCUCAUCUCGCGACGAUGAAUUUUCAAAUUUUCAGCCCAUCAACCAACUCCUCUUCAUCCUUACUGCAAUGUCCGACUACGUGAUUAAACCAGAGGCAGUUGCUCCCUCCAACGACACCUCCGAGUGGCCAUUGUUGUUGAAGAACUACGACAAGUUAUUGGUCAGAAGCGGACACUACACCCCCAUCCCAUGUGGGUCCACUCCUUUGAAGAGAGACCUUAAGUCUUACGUCUCUUCCGGUGUCAUCAACCUCGACAAGCCAUCCAACCCUAGUUCCCACGAAGUUGUGGCCUGGAUCAAGCGUAUUUUGAGAGUGGAAAAGACCGGUCACUCUGGUACUUUGGACCCUAAGGUCACUGGUUGUUUGAUUGUGUGUGUCGACCGUGCCACCAGAUUGGUCAAGUCCCAGCAAGGUGCUGGUAAGGAGUACGUGUGUAUCGUCAGAUUGCACGACGAGUUGGCUGAUGCCAAGGACUUGGGCCGUUCCUUGGAAAACUUGACUGGUGCUUUGUUCCAAAGACCUCCCUUGAUUUCUGCUGUCAAGAGACAGUUGCGUGUGCGUACUAUCUACGACUCCAAGUUGAUCGAAUUCGACAACAAGCGUGGCUUGGGUGUUUUCUGGGCCUCGUGUGAAGCUGGUACCUAUAUGAGAACCUUGUGUGUCCAUUUGGGUAUGUUGUUGGGAGUUGGUGGCCACAUGCAAGAGUUGCGUCGUGUUCGUUCCGGUGCCAUGAGCGAAAGCGACGACUUGGUUACCUUGCAUGAUGUCAUGGACGCUCAGUACGUCUACGACAACACCAGAGACGAAUCGUACUUGAGAAAGAUCAUCCAACCUUUGGAAUCGUUAUUGGUUGGCUACAAGAGAGUGGUCGUCAAGGACUCUGCUGUCAACUCCGUCUGUUACGGAGCCAAGUUGAUGAUCCCAGGUUUGUUGCGUUACGAAGAAGGUAUCGAAUUAUACGACGAAGUGGUAUUGAUGACCACCAAGGGUGAAGCCAUCGCCAUUGGUAUUGCUCAAAUGACCACCGUCGACUUGCAAGGCUGCGACCACGGUGUUGUUGCCAAGGUCAAGAGAUGUAUCAUGGAACGUGACACCUACCCAAGAAGAUGGGGCUUGGGUCCAGUUGCUCAAAAGAAGAAGCAAAUGAAGGCUGACGGUAAGUUGGACAAGUUCGGAAGAGCCAACGAAAACACCCCAGAAUCCUGGAAGUCCGAAUACAAGGACCACGACGAAGAACCAGCUCCAGCUGUUCCAGAAUCCAAGUUGGCUGACCCUGAAAUCCAGCUUCCAAAGAAGACUUUGAUUGAAGAAGUGGAAACCAAGGAAGAAAGUGAAGACGCCAAGGAGGACAAGAAGGAAAAGAAGGAGAAGAAGGAAAAGAAGGAAAAGAAAGAAAAGAAGGAAAAGAAAGACAAGAAGAGAAAGGCUGAAGAUUCUGAAGAAAAGUCUGAAAAGAAGAAGAAGUCCAAGAAGUAAGUAAUGCAUUAUACCGUUGUUCCUAUAUAUAAUUCUGUACAUUUAUUGAAUAGUAAAUAUUGAUUGCUGUAGAAGUUCUAAUCUUGGAGCUCAGUAACAAAGAUCUUCAUGGCACGUUGGGGGUCCAUUAUAAAAUUAACAUCUCCUCCUAUUGAAUCAGAAUAAUCGUUUUUCAUUUCGUUCACAGGUGUUAAUACCUGGUUACUUAAAUAAUUGUGCAAUGUGAAUAUACAUACGA